UGUGUUGUUUACGCCUACGCCAGGUUCAAGAUGGCCGCUGGAGACAACAGCGGCAGGCCUCCUUGCCUUAGUUUCUCCGGCCCGGGUCCUUUGGGAAACAGUCAGCCGAGCAACAGCGUUUUCUCAAUGCCAGCAUCCAACGGGGGAGCGGUCGGUGCAGCCGGGGGAGCACAAGGAACAGCGAGGCGUCCCAACCCGCAACUGGGGCCUGGCGGGGGUGACAGCAACGGUGUUUCGACCGGAGCUCCGCCGAUUGCGCAGAACUCUCUGCAGCAGCCUGCUGCGGCAACCGGAGCCAUGGCUACCCUGGCGUCCAACAUGACAACCACCGCAGCCUCAAAUGCGUCCCCAGCGACCGCACCGACCGCCACCCCGGCUGCUGCGUCAGUCCUGGUGUACCGAGAGCCAGUGUACAACUGGCAGGCAACAAAGAGCACCGUAAAGGAACGGUUUGCGUUCCUAUUCAACAACGAGGUGCUCAGUGACGUUCAUUUCUUGGUGGGCAAAGGAAUGGGUGUUCAAAGAAUACCUGCACACAGGUUUGUUCUGGCUGUGGGGAGCGCGGUGUUUGAUGCCAUGUUCAACGGUGGGAUGGCGACCACUUCAACGGAAAUCGAGCUUCCUGACGUGGAACCAGCCGCCUUUUUGGCCCUGCUGAAGUUUCUGUACUCGGAUGAAGUCCAGAUUGGACCUGAGACUGUGAUGACCACACUCUACACAGCUAAGAAGUAUGCAGUUCCAGCCCUGGAGGCUCACUGUGUGGAGUUCCUCAAGAAGAACCUCAGAGCAGACAAUGCUUUCAUGCUGCUUACACAGGCACGACUGUUUGAUGAACCACAGCUUGCCAGUCUCUGUUUAGAGAAUAUUGAUAAGAACACUGGAGAUGCUCUCGCCGCUGAGGGAUUCACAGAUAUAGAUUUGGAUACGUUGGUGGCGGUGUUGGAGAGGGACACUCUCGGAGUGAGAGAGGUGCGUUUGUUUGGAGCGGCUGUGCGUUGGGCUGAGGCUGAAGCUCAUAGGCAGCAGCUGCAGCCCACACCCGAGAACAAGCGUAAAGUCUUGGGAAAAGCUCUCACACUCAUCCGCUUCCCUCUUAUGACUAUUGAGGAGUUUGCUGCAGGUCCAGCCCAGUCCAAUAUUCUGACUGACAGAGAGGUGGUGAGUCUCUUUCUCCACUUCACUGUAAACCCAAAGCCUCGUGUAGAUUUCAUCGACCGGCCUCGCUGUUGUCUCCGCGGGAAGGAGUGCAGCAUCACACGUUUUGGUCAUGUGGAGAGCCGCUGGGGUUACAGCGGGACAAGUGACCGCAUUCGGUUCUCUGUAAACAGAAGGAUAUUUGUGGUUGGAUUUGGACUCUAUGGCUCCAUACAUGGACCUACAGACUACCAAGUCAACAUACAGAUAAUUCACACAGACAGUAACACAGUGCUGGGACAGAACGACACAGGCUUCAGCUGUGAUGGGUCAGCAAACACAUUCAGAGUCAUGUUUAAAGAGCCAGUGGAGAUUCUACCAAAUGUCAACUACACUGCUUGUGCAACACUUAAGGGUCCAGACUCUCAUUAUGGGACUAAGGGGAUGCGUAAGGUAACCCAUGAGUCAUCAUCCACUGGCACAAAGACCUGUUUCACCUUCUGUUACGCAGCAGGCAACAACAACGGCACUUCGGUAGAAGAUGGACAGAUUCCUGAGGUCAUCUUCUACACAUAGUCACCUCAGACAUUGCAGUGAUCUUCCAUCAAAUGUGACAUGACACCAGCGCAGGGCCACAGCUCAGCAGCUGUACUGGGGACUAAUCUGCCAGACUUCAUAUUUUUCCUUCUACAUGAGUCACUACAGUUGUGAGGACAGACAGCUGGCUUGUCUUUCCCUUUUGUGCUACGACGAUGCCAGUCUCUGAAACAGGCAUGACUGAAACCAACUCCACAAGGGAUUUAGGGGAAUGAAGAAGGAGUCUAUCAGAUUAUUCACAGUAUCAAUGUUCCUGCUUUUGAUUGAUGGCAUAAGGCUUCACACUGAAUUCUUCUUAAGCUGUAUGAUUCUCCUUGUACUCCUCUAGCAUUAGUACAAGGGAGAGUUACAACUGUAUGAAUGUACAGUUUAUCAGAUUUGCCAAGACAAAAUCCUCAUCAGCAUUUGUACAGAAUAAAACUUCACUCGAUCCCACAUUAGUCGUAACUUCAUAGACUGACAGACCUCCAUAGGCUUUAUGAAAUCUUGACAAGUUUGAACCAAAUUUCAUAGUUGAGCAAUUUUUCAGUUUCUACUUAACAGUACAGUCUGUGAUAUUUCGUGUCCUUGCUUGGUAGUUGCCUAUACCCAAGAUACUUUGCACUUCUUGGCCUUGCAUAUGUUUAUUUUGUUGCUCUAUGGAUGCACACUAACUCUUCAAAUUUUCUUUUUAGCUUUGUUUUAAAAAGUGUGUAUGGAAGAGAUUUCCUCCUUUGGUUUGGAAGUUAAAGGGUUGUAUAUUAAAGUGGCAUUUAUUAACAUAUGUAACUUGAAAUAAAUAUGAAAAGUAAACAAA